AUGGACAGUGAUGGAGCUCAAGUGCAACCUACUAUUGGGGUCAUUUUAUAUUUGGGUGGAUGCCACUCUACCCACCAUCCAUCAUUUCAAUGGGCACUUAUUGUUACACAUUCCUCUUGUUCUAAUAUAUUUCUCCUUAUAUACUGGCUAUACGUGCCCAGCUUUCAUGAAGAAAUCCCACCUGAUAUAGGCCAGCUUCAUGUCCUGAAAAACCUCUCUCUCACCAAUAAUGGAUUCACAGGUUCAGUUCCAAGCUCAAUUCAGAAUGUGGGUGCAUUAGAAUGGCUGCAUUUGAGUUCUAACUACCUGACUGGCUUAGAUAGGCUUUUGAAUCUCAGAGUGCUUGACCUGCAUCAAAACCAGCUUUCUGGUGGGGUUGAUCAUGCACUGAAGUUAUUUUGUAAUGCUGUUUAUGUUGAUCUUAGGGGGAAUUCAUUUUUGGGUUCGAUUCCGUGGAGAAUGACAUUUGGAUCAGUGAGUUCAGCCUUUGCUCUUGAGUAUUUGAAUCUCAGUAGAAACCAGCAUAGUGGACCAGUUAUGUACAGUGAUGAUAUCCCUCUAUUUAACAGUUUGAAUGUGUUGGAUCUUAGCCAUAACCAUUUGUCGGGUGAGCUUUCGGGCUUUCGGUUUGUGUAUGCUCUGGAGGUUCUGAAUCUGGGGAGCAAUCGGUUUUCUGGGUCUCUACCAAAUGAGCUUCUAAGACAGGGUUCUUUGUUCUUAACUGAUCUAGACCUUAGUGCCAACAAUUUGUCUGGUCCAUUGGGCAUGAUCACAUCCACCACCUUAAGGAUCCUGAACCUCUCCUCCAAUUUGGUAUCUGGCUCUGUUCCCUCUAACCUAAUGAAAUUCCCCGAGUCUUCAUUUUAUCUUGGAAAUUCAAAGUUGCUUUUUCCUUGUCAAACUCCAUCAUCGUAUGAAGCUACUCCUAUAGUGGUUGGUUUUCUUGGACCCCAAAGAAAAGAAAGAUCCAAAACCUUCACCAUUGGUGUCCUUGAUCCUUUCAUAUCUCCAAUAAAGGACCCCGCAAUUGGGUUUAAGAGUCAAGUUACAGAAGUGGAUAUUCCCAUGGGUGUCUCACCUCCACGAGCUUCUGAGGAAGAAAACCAUGGGGCAUUUGGUGACUUCUCUCCCAAUUGGCUUCCUGGUGAUCUUGUUUGUUUGGACAAGACAAUGUUCCUAACCAAUGAAGAAUUGUCUCGAGCACCAGCUGAGGUAUUAGGUCGAAGCAUCCAUGGAACCUCAUAUAGAGCCAUCUUGGAUGGUGGGCAUUCAUUUACUGUGAAAAAGAGUUCAAGAGGGAAAUAUCAGACAUAUGAAUGUUGUUCCUAUCAGGGGCUACUACUGGGGACCCGGACUGCAUGA